CAAGUAAGAAGUAUUCAGCCUUUCUCUCUCCGAACUUUCAUUUUCAUGGUGUAAGACUGAGUAAGCGAGUAAGCCUAACCAUUUCCGACUUGCAGAGUCAUGCCAUCCAUGCGCUUAGAAUCAACUUUUGCUUCUCUCAGACAAGCGGUUAGUACUUGAGAGAGAGAAAUCUCUCUCGGUUCUUCCAAACCCUUCAAACAACAACCAUGGGAUCAUUGGCCGCCGAUGAGACCUGUGGUGUCCAAGAGCAGCCCGACGUCGAGGACAGCAGCCGGGCUGUGAGGGCUCAGUGGGUGCUCAAUACUCCUGAGCCACCAGGUGCAUGGCGUGAGCUGAAGCAAACCGUUUUUCACAGAGCAAACAAGCUGCGUUCAUCUUGCAGCCAGAAAGGUGUUUCGAAAUGUGUACUCUCAGUUUUGAAGAACAUAUUUCCUAUUCUCCAUUGGGGUCGGAAUUAUAAGGCAACAAAGUUCAAGAAUGAUUUGAUGGCGGGUUUAACGCUUGCCAGCCUCAGCAUUCCACAGAGUAUUGGGUACGCAAGUCUAGCGAAGCUUGAUCCUCAAUAUGGCCUCUAUACAAGUGUCGUUCCGCCUCUGGUUUACUCUUUAAUGGGAAGCUCCAGAGAGAUAGCCAUCGGUCCGGUGGCCGUGGUCUCUAUGCUACUGUCGUCCUUGGUUCAGAAAGUAAUAGAUCCUGUGGCUGAUCCUACGGCUUACAGAAACUUUGUGAUCACUGUGACCUUCUUCGCCGGUUUCUUUCAAGCUGUUUUUGGGCUGUUCAGGUUGGGCUUUCUUGUCGAUUUCCUCUCGCAUGCUGCCAUCGUUGGGUUCAUGGCAGGUGCUGCAAUUGUUAUAGGAUUGCAGCAACUGAAGGGGCUUCUUGGAAUCGAUCACUUUACAAAUAAAACUGAUGUGAUCUCUGUCAUGCAGGCGGUUUUGAGGUCACUUCAUCACCCAUGGAGCCCCCUUAAUUUUGUUCUCGGGUGUUCAUUCCUGAUUUUCAUCCUAGCCAUGAGAUUUGUGGGCAGAAAAAACAGGAAACUCUUUUGGGUACCAGCUCUUGCUCCUCUCAUAUCUGUCGUAUUGUCCACGCUUAUAGUCUUCGUCACGAGAGCGGAUAAACAUGGAGUUAAGAUUAUAAAACACCUCGAAGGAGGAAUUAAUCCAAGMUCGGUGAAGGAGAUAGAGCUCAACGGCCCACACGUUGGAGAAGCGGCCAAAAUUGGGUUAAUUUCUGCCAUCAUUGCUCUCACGGAAGCCAUUGCGGUUGGGAGAUCGUUUGCAUCAGUAAGAGGAUACCAACUUGAUGGAAAUAAAGAGAUGGUAGCCAUGGGAGUCAUGAACAUUGCAGGCUCUCUAACUUCUUGUUAUGUAGCCACUGGUUCGUUCUCACGCACGGCCGUCAAUUUCAGCGCGGGCUGCCAAACAGUGGUCUCAAACAUAGUAAUGGCCAUUGCGGUGUUGGUCGCACUGCAGAUACUGACUACUCUCCUAUAUUUCACGCCUAUCGCCAUCCUUGCUUCAAUUAUUCUUUCCGCCCUUCCUGGCCUCAUUGACUUCAACGAAGCCUAUAACAUCUGGAAGGUCGAUAAACUGGAUUUCCUCUCUUGCAUUGGAGCGUUCUUCGGGGUCUUGUUUGGAUCCGUCGAGAUCGGCCUUCUCGUUGCGGUAACCAUUUCAUUUGGAAAGGUGAUACUAAAUGCCAUUCGACCAAGCAUGGAAUUCCUGGGACAGCUCCCUGGAACUGAUAUUUUCUGUAGCACCAAUCAGUAUCCCAUGGCUGUCAAGAUUUCAGGCACCUUGAUAAUUCGUAUUCACUCUUCCUACUUUUGUUUUGCCAAUGCCAAUUUCAUCCGAGAAAGGAUAAUGAGGUGGGUUAAAGAAGAUAGUGAAGAAGGAGAAGAGGAAGUUAAUGGAAAUACGAAAAUGAGGGCUCAAGUACUAAUACUUGACAUGUCAAACUUGAUGAACAUUGACACGUCAGGAAUCAUUGCAUUAGAAGAGCUUCAUAAGGAGUUGGUUUCUCGUGGUAUAGAGUUAGCCAUAGCGAACCCUUGCUGGAACAUUAUUCACAAGCUAAAGUUAGCCAAGUUUGUGGAUAAAAUUGGAGGAGGAUCCUUCUUCCUUACCAUUGGUGAAGCUGUGAAUACAUGUCUUGGGUCGAAGAUGGUUAAUCUUAAGAUUUAGCUUCUAGGGGACAAACUUCUAGUUACCAAAAAAAAUAAAAAAUGCUGAAGUACUCUAAUUUUCGCAGUGGGUGUGUGUACGCACUCGCGUGCAAGUAUGUAUUUAGUAUUUACCUAUAUAUGUUUAAGCCUACAAGGGUAAGGCAGGAGGGUGACUGUUUGGACGUUGGAUCACAUCCCUUACCAUGUAUACCAAGGAAUGCAACAAACCAAAAUAAUAAGUUGUACUUUAUAUAUUAAAACUUCGGACUUGGUUGUACUAAGCAAUGCUCGUCUGCUUCUAUUUC